UUUAAAUAAAAGUUAUUAUUAAGUUAAAUUAUAUUUACGCAAGUUUAAAUCAAUCAAGAUAAUUAAUAAUAGAAUCAAAGCACGUAACAAACAUGGAGAUUUACCUGGAUAAUGAGUCAAAGCAUUACGUGGUCGGCGAUCGGGUCACCGGUAGCUUAAAAUUCGCCUCAACUGGUCAUUUACUGGCAUCGGGUGUCCGGAUAAGCCUGGUUUGUGUGGGUGAGGCCAAAUGGAAUGAGCAGGUACCAUCACCCAUGUACAAUGGUGCAGUCAUGAACCAUAAUAAUAGAAAGUUUUUGGACGUCCCCUUUGAUAUGAACAAAGAUGCUCAUGAAAAACCACUUGAUCGUGGUGUACAUACAUUUCCGUUUGACAUAAAGAUACCUGAUCAUGGAUUACCCUCGUCAUUCGAGGACACUUACGCCUGGAUCCACUAUAACGUUGAGGCGGCUAUUGAUGAGACCAAUAGUGAUGAGGUGAACACAAUCAAGACCCGGAUCACUGUUGACUCGCCAAUGAGACACAAUCUUAAGGUAUUCGUGGGCGGACAUGCUGACAAAACAUUGUCGGUGUUCCCUAAUAUGGGGUCUGGAUCUGUGAGUACAUUGAAUUAUAUAAUUGUCUUAAUUUAACUUGAUCAUUUGUAAUGUAUUAAUAAACAUAAACUAUAGAUUGCAUUUUACGCCAGUUUAUCCCAAAAAGGCUAUUUACCAGGUUUGUUCAAAUCUCUAUCUCUAUCUCUCUCUCUCUCUCUCUCUCUCUC